UUUGAUAAUUCACUAUGAGUCCCAUUUUCCCAAACAUAAAACGUUCACUGAGAGAGGGCGUGACUGGCGAUGCACGGCGGCGGCGGCGGCAACAUGGGUCGUGAAGUAGGCGAAGAAGAAGACGAAGAGGUAGCAUUGGUGAGUCUGGGUUCGUACGGUGGGAAGGUGAGAUUGCUGGCUGAAGGGGAGGAAUCGGCUGCGGAGGAGAUCAUGCUUCUCUGGGGAAUACAACAGCCUACUCUUUCCAAACCCAACGCCUUCGUUUCCCAAUCUUCCCUCAAUCUGCGUCUAGACUCCUGCGGCCACUCUCUCUCCAUUCUUCAGUCCCCUUCUUCACUGAGCACACCUGGAGUGACUGGAUCGGUGAUGUGGGACAGUGGAGUUAUAUUGGGGAAGUUUCUAGAACAUUCUGUUGACUCAGGAAUGCUUGUUCUUCAAGGCAACAAGAUUGUUGAAUUGGGAUCCGGUUGCGGUUUGGUUGGUUUCAUUGCAGCUCUUCUGGGUGGUCAAGUCAUUCUUACUGAUUUGCCUGAUAGGCUGAGGCUUCUAAGAAAGAAUAUUGAAACUAAUAUGGAACAUGUUGGCGUGCGAGGUUCUGCAACAGCCACAGAACUCAUAUGGGGUGAAGAUCCUGACCUAGAGCUCACUGAACCUGCACCUGAUUAUGUGCUCGGAUCUGAUGUGGUAUAUAGUGAGAAUGCUGUUGUGGAUUUGCUAGUGACACUAGAACAACUCUCUGGGCCCAAAACAACAAUAUUUUUGGCUGGGGAACUACGAAAUGAUGCCAUUCUUGAGUACUUCAUAGAAGCAGCAAUGAAGACUUUUACGAUUGGACGUGUGGAUCAAACUCUAUGGCAUCCUGAUUAUCGCAGCAAUCGUGUUGUUCUCUAUGUUCUGGUCAAGAAAUGAAGAUAACUUGUUAUAUUUUAGUUGUCUCCUUGUAAUUUGCAAUCCAUAUCCUAAUUGUACAUCAUUUGGGAUGGAGCUCUGCCAAAAUGUCGUAAGUUAUAUACAAGAAAGAAACAGCAAUAUUUUCACCGUAGUGGGACAUACUCAUUUUCCUCUUGAAUUAAAGUUUUUGGGAUGAUUUUAAGGUAAAUUUUGCAUUUUCGGUGGUAA